AUGACAGCAGCGCAAUCCCGCCCCCUCCCCUCCGACUCCGACUCCGACAUCUCCCUCCCCUCCCAAGCCUACCCCCAAGCCCACGAGCAACGCAAAAUCCCCCGCCAGUCCCUCGAAUACGUUGUCCGCUCCGGCAUAGCCGGCGGCCUCGCCGCCUGCGCCGCCAAAACCGUCGUCGCCCCGCUCGACCGCGUCAAGAUCCUCUUCCAGGCCAGCAACCCGCAGUUCCAGAAAUACACUGGCUCGUGGUCCGGGGCUGUGAGGGCGAUACGGGAUAUAUACGCCGCUGAUGGAUCACGGGGGUUGUUUCGGGGCCAUAGCGCGACGCUGUUGAGGAUUUUCCCGUACGGUGGGAUUAAGUUCUUGGCUUACGAGCAGGUGCGCGCGGUGGUGAUUCCGGCGAAAGAGUUCGAGACGCCGACGCGCAGGUUUGUGGCGGGGAGUCUGGCGGGGUGUUUGAGCGUGUUUGCGACGUACCCGCUGGAAGUGAUACGGGUACGGCUGGCGUGGGAGACCAGGACGGCGAAGAGAGUGUCGGUGGGGGAGAUUUGCCGGGUGAUUUACAACGAGCAUCCGCCGCAGGCGACUACGAGGGCGAACGUGCUGCAGGAGAGCAAUGUACCGCGAGCGGCGGCCGUGACGGCGGAGACGGCGAGCGCGGCGGUAACAGCCAUUACGCCUUCCCAUGGCCUGUCAAACUUCUUCCGAGGAUUCACGCCGACAUUAUGGGGCAUGAUACCGUACGCCGGCGCAUCCUUCCUCACGCACGACGCAGCGGGAGACUUCAUGCGCCGACCGCUCCUCGCACCCUACACCAUACUCCCCAUGUCCGAGCGAUCGCAAAAGCAACUCGCGCCCAACAAACCACCCCCUCUCCGAGCAUGGGCGGAGCUCAUAACGGGAGCAGCAGCCGGCUUCGUCUCGCAGACCCUCUCAUACCCUCUCGAAGUCAUACGACGACGCAUGCAAGUCGGUGGCGUAGUGGGAGACGGACACCGCCUGACCAUGACAGAAGUCGCGCGCAGCAUUGUGCGGGAGAAGGGGUACAAAGGGUUCUAUGUGGGCCUGAGUAUUGGGUAUGUCAAGGUGGUGCCGAUGGUGGCGACGAGUUUCUAUGUGUACGAGCGGCUCAAGGUCGUGUUUGGGAUUUAG